GAACAAAAAAAAAAAAAAAAAAGGGGAGGAGGAGGAGGAGGGUGAGAGAGAAGCUCCGGGAGCAGAGAAAAGGGGCCGCCGGCGCCCCCCCCCGCUCCUCCGCGCGCGCUCUCUGGCCCCGGCCGCCGCGCUCGCCCCGGCCUCUCCGCUGGUCCCCGAGAACGGAUUGAGGAGCGGAGCGAGGCCCUGCCGGGGCAGCCAUGAGGCGGUGACAGGAGCGCGGCCGAGACGCUCGGGCCCGUCGCCCCCCACCUCCGCCUGCCGCCCGCCAGCCCCUGCCGAGCCCGCCCGCCCAAGCCCCAUUAGCGUCUCGUCGGCGCUCCGCUGCCCGGAGGCGGCUGCACUCGGGGACCAUGGCGCAGGUGGCGAUGUCGUCGCUGCCUGUUGAAGAUGAGGAGUCUUCGGAGAGCCGGAUGGUGGUGACCUUCCUCAUGUCUGCACUAGAGUCCAUGUGUAAGGAGCUGGCCAAGUCCAAGGCGGAAGUGGCCUGCAUGGCCGUGUACGAGACGGACGUGUUCGUGGUGGGGACCGAGAGGGGACGUGCCUUUGUCAACGCCAGGAAGGACUUCCAGAAGGACUUUGUAAAAUACUGUGUUGAAGAAGAGGAGAAGGCAGCUGAGAUGCACAAGAUGAAGGUGGCCGGCCAGGGCAGCCGGAUGAGUGUGGAUGCUGUGGAAAUUGAAACUCUCAGAAAAACAGUUGAGGACUAUUUCUGCUUUUGCUAUGGAAAAGCUUUAGGCAAGUCCACCGUGGUCCCUGUCCCCUACGAGAAGAUGCUGCGGGACCAGUCUGCUGUGGUGGUGCAGGGGCUCCCCGAGGGAGUGGCCUUCCAGCACCCUGAGAACUACGAUCUUGCCACCCUCAAAUGGAUUUUGGAGAACAAAGCAGGGAUCUCAUUCAUCAUUAAGAGGCCUUUCCUAGAGCCGAAGAAACACUUAGGUGGUCGUGUGAUGGUACCUGACGCCGAAAGGUCAAUUCUAUCUCCAGGUGGCAGCUGCGGCCCCAUCAAGGUGAAAAUGGAGCCCACAGAAGACUCUGGCAUCUCCCUGGAGAUGGCCGCUGUGACGGUGAAGGAGGAGUCUGAAGACCCUGACUACUACCAGUACAACCUGCAAGCAGGCCCAUCCGAGACGGCCGAGGUGGACGAGAAGCUCCCCCUUGCCAAGCCUCUGCCAGGCAGCCACCAUUCCUCCGAGGGCACCGAAGGAGCGGAGGUGGAAGCGCCUGCAGAAGAUUCUACUCAACAUGUCCCUUCAGAAACAAGUGAGGACCCUGAAGUUGAGGUGACUAUUGAAGAUGACGACUAUUCCCCACCCACCAAGAGACCAAAGAGCAGCGAGCCACCACCGCCGCCCGUGGCUGAGCCCAUCAAUGCUGGCAAACGGAAAGUGCGCGAGUUCAACUUUGAGAAAUGGAAUGCCCGAAUUACUGACCUGCGUAAACAAGUUGAAGAGUUAUUUGAGAGAAAAUAUGCUCAAGCUAUAAAAGCCAAAGGUCCUGUGACGAUUCCGUACCCUCUUUUCCAGUCCCACGUUGAAGACCUUUAUGUAGAAGGCCUUCCCGAGGGGAUUCCUUUCAGAAGGCCGUCCACCUACGGGAUCCCCCGCCUUGAGAGGAUCCUGCUGGCAAAGGAGCGGAUUCGUUUCGUGAUUAAGAAACACGAGCUGCUCAACUCAACCCGGGAAGAUCUGCAGCUGGACAAGCCUGCGUCAGGAGUCAAGGAGGAGUGGUACGCCAGGAUCACCAAGCUGCGCAAGAUGGUGGACCAGCUGUUCUGCAAGAAAUUCGCGGAGGCCUUGGGCAGUGGCGAGGCCAAGGCAGUGCCCUACCAAAAAUUUGAGGCCCAUCCAAACGACCUGUAUGUGGAGGGCCUCCCUGAAAACAUCCCCUUCCGGAGUCCCUCCUGGUAUGGGAUCCCCCGGCUGGAGAAGAUCAUUCAAGUUGGCAACCGGAUCAAGUUUGUGAUUAAAAGGCCAGAACUUCUGACUCACAGCACAACUGAAGUCACUCAGCCAAGGACAAAUACUCCAGUCAAAGAAGACUGGAAUGUGAGAAUUACCAAGCUUCGGAAGCAAGUGGAAGAGAUCUUCAACUUGAAAUUUGCCCAGGCCCUUGGACUCACGGAGGCUGUGAAGGUGCCGUACCCCGUGUUUGAGUCCAAUCCUGAGUUCCUAUAUGUGGAGGGCCUGCCAGAAGGGAUCCCCUUCCGAAGCCCCACCUGGUUCGGGAUCCCGCGCCUGGAGAGGAUUGUCCGAGGGAGCAACAAAAUCAAGUUUGUGGUGAAGAAGCCAGAGCUAGUUGUGUCCUACCUGCCUCCGGGAAUGGCCACUAAGAUAAACACUAAAGCAUUGCAGUCCCCGAAAAGACCGCGCAGUCCUGGGAGUAAUGCGAAGGUUCCUGAGAUUGAGGUGACGGUGGAAGGCCCCAAUAACAACAGUCCUCAGACCUCCGCCGUGCGGACCCCGACCCAGACCAAUGGCGCCAACGUUCCCUUCAAGCCCCGUGGCAGAGAAUUCUCCUUUGAGGCCUGGAACGCCAAAAUUACUGACCUGAAGCAGAAAGUUGAAAAUCUUUUCAAUGAAAAAUGCGGUGAGGCGCUUGGUCUGAAGCAGGCAGUGAAGGUCCCAUUCGCGCUCUUCGAGUCUUUCCCAGAGGACUUCUACGUGGAGGGCCUGCCCGAGGGGGUGCCCUUCCGCAGGCCAUCCACCUUCGGCAUUCCCCGGCUGGAGAAGAUCCUGCGCAACAAGGCCAAGAUCAAGUUCAUCAUCAAGAAGCCUGAGAUGUUUGAGACAGCCAUCAAGGAGAGCACGUCAUCCAAGAGCCCACCCCGGAAAAUUAACUCCUCGCCCAGUGUGAACACUACUGCCUCCGGCGUGGAGGACCUGAACAUCAUCCAAGUGACCAUUCCAGAUGACGACAGCGAGCGGCUGUCCAAGGUGGAGAAGGCCCGGCAGCUGCGCGAGCAGGUCAAUGACCUCUUCAGCCGCAAGUUUGGUGAAGCCAUUGGCAUGGGUUUCCCGGUGAAGGUGCCCUACAGGAAGAUCACCAUCAACCCUGGCUGUGUAGUGGUAGAUGGCAUGCCUCCCGGCGUGUCCUUCAAAGCUCCUAGCUACCUGGAGAUCAGCUCCAUGAGACGGAUCUUAGACUCUGCCGAGUUCAUCAAGUUCACAGUCAUCAGGCCGUUCCCAGGACUGGUGAUUAAUAACCAGCUGGUGGAUCAGAACGAGGCUGAGGGCCCUGCGACACAAGAGUCAGCCGAGCAGAGCCAGUUGGAAGCUCCUGUGGCAGAAGACAUGAAAGAGGCAGACGGAAGCUCCCAGAUCAAGCAGGAGCCCGACCCCACGUGGUAGACGGCUCCUUCCAGGCCCGGUGAGCCACGGCGUGUCCCGUGCAUUUCUGCACAGAUCGUCCUUGGCCACUGCGGGUUUCGGGUGGGACGUGACACAGUGCUGACGGCUCUCCCCUGUGUCCUUGCAGCCGCGGCGUGGGAGCGGAGCGGCCGUGCCACGAGCUGUGUACAGUACUUGUAUAACAGAAUUCCUUCUAUACAAACCUUCUUUUCUACUUUUAGAUAGAAAUGUCUACUUUUUCAGCCGUCUGUGGAUCGCAGCACGGUGGCCAGCGGGGUGGUGGGGUGCUGUGCAGGUGCCGCGGGGUGCAGGCCUCCGCCCAGGCCCGGCGGCUCUUUAGUUUUUCUAAACCUUUCCAAGUGGACAGUCCACGUCCAAGUGUCGACUGACCUCUCCCGAGCCUGGCCCCAUGGUCCAUGUUUUUGUCAUAGUUGAGAGUGGCGGGCGGCAGCGCCUUGGCCUCUCUGGGUUGGCUGUCCCGCCCCACCGCGCUGUGGCCGGGACGGCGCAGGGGUGCCGUGGAGCGCGUGUGCCCGCACAGCACGCGUGGCGUGGAGCUUGGCACCCGAAUGCCCCUCCGCCUGUUGGUAGAUUGCGUGGCUCACAGACGGCCGCUGCGCGAGGGGCAUAGUUUCCUUAGCUUUAUCACGAAGAUACCCACGGAGAUUAUAUCACAUGGUAGCAGAAAUAGGCAUUUUCUGUGUUGCUUAUAUUUUACCUCAGAUUGUAGAUAUAGGGUAACAAAUAAAGUCCAUCCAUGCCUUUCA